UGUGAUAUGUGAUCUGUCCAUAUUUAUUUCAGAACAAAUUAGAUCUGUUACAUUCAUGUUUUGUUCUCAAUUUCAUAUUGCUGAUCAUGUGUCUUUGGUUUUCAGAUUGUCUCCAUUUCAGAAGGGCAUACGGGCAGCCACAAUGGCCUGUGGUUGAUCCUGGGUUUGAGAUGUUGCCUCCAAAGCUAGAAAGGGCUGCGGGCAGACCAAGAGUGAAAAGGAUCAAGGCUAGAGGUGAGCCGGGGAAAAGGGGACAAUACCAAUGUAAAAGAUGCUUGCAGUUUGGGCAUAUUGAGAAGGGAUGCUUUGAGCCACCUACUGAACUUGGUGUUGAAUUACCACCUUCAUUUGCUGCCAAAUCAAAAAAAAGGAAAGGAGAGGCUGGAACUUCAAAGCAGCCUGCUACUAAAAAGUCCAAGAAGGGUGGAGCCAAAAAGGGUGGAGCCAAGAAGGGUGCAACAGCAAGCACAUCUACUUACUUUGAUCAUAUUGAGAAAGGAUGUACUGAGCCCCCUUCUGAACUUGAUGCUGAAUUACCACCUUCACUUCCUGCCAAAUCUAAGAAGAGGAACGGAGAGGCUACUACAUCAACAUCUAAGAAGCCUUCCCAAAAGUCCAAAAAAGAUGGCACAUCAAGCACCUUAGUGGCUGAAGCACCAGCAACCAUCUCCACUUCCUUGGUCUCUCACUCACCAGUUAGUCCAAGACCAAUAACAAGGAGGAUGGCAGCUUCUACUUCUACUCCAACAAAACCUCCAGAGACACAAUUGAGUCCAGGGCCCACAACCAGAAGCAUGGCUGCACAACUACACAUAUCACCAGGUGGAAUUGCUAGGAGGCACAUCAUAAGCUAAGCCUUGAAAAAGGCUGCUGCUGUGCUGUAUUUAGUGCAAAAGCUGUGUCUGCUGUAUUAUAUUGCUGUCCUGAAACAGCCAUGUAUUGCUGUGCUGAAAUUAGACUAUAGGGCAUUGCUAUGUGGCUGCUAGAUGUAAGUUAAUACUAUUUACAUGUGUUGAACUGGAACAAUGGUGUUCGUGGGUAGACUAUAUUUAAUGCAUGUGAGACAGCGACCUUGUGUUCAAAUGGUGUAAGAUGAGGCCAUGUGCUAGUUUCUUGUGUUGAAAUGGUGUCAGAUCAGGCCCUAUGCUUGUUUCUCAUGUGGUGAAUUGUAAGAAAACGGUCUGGGGGUA